GGAAUGUUGCCAUUUCUCUGGUGCUUCGGCAUUGUUAUUAGCAGUCUGCUGCAAAUCCAUCCUGCAGAUACAGCCAGGUUGAUUCCGAACUUGGGGUACUAUGUGGAGAUGAAGGAAAUAGACUGCGUAGGUAAUCCCGACUAUUUUGCCAACCUCUUCUGCAGAAUCCUCCCCCCAAACAAUAGAACGAUGGAGGCCUCUGUCAAUAUCAUGCAAAAGUUGUCCAUCUUUAGUGGUUCGCUCAGGGUAUCGAUACCCAAUGCCAAAAAGGUCAUAACCCAGAUAUUCAACAUCACCUUCGAUGUGUGCAAGGUUUUGCGCGAACGCAAGCGGAAGAUGCUCAUCGACCUUUUGGUCAACACUUUGGCCAGGAAUAGUAACGCCAAGGCUUGGAAAUGUCCUUUUCCGAAGGGUAAAUUCGAGUCCAAAAACAUUUCGGUUACUGAUUUGCCGCCCAUGCUAUCCGAAUCCGAGUUUUAUGUCAACUUGGACUUCUUUGUACCCAGGGUGGCCAUCGCAAUGAAUGUCACUCUGCAUGGACAUCUUUAUGAGGUUGCUAAGGAAAAGGCCAGAAGGAAAAAAUAUUUGUAA